GCGAAUUCUGGUCGAACUCAGCCGACCUAUAAUUUCAAAAUGAAUUUCAUGAACAUCCGCGACGGUCAGUACACUAUGACCAUCUAUCAAAAGAUACGGGAAGGUCUAUACAAGGAAGCAGUGCAAAUUUUGAAUGCCAUAUUGGAUACAUACCCCACGUCUCGGGCGGCGCUGUCGCUGCUCGGCUACUGCCACUUCUACCAGCAAGAGUUUGACCAAGCGUCCGAGUACUACGGCCGGCUGGUGCAACUGUUCCCCGAGUACGAGGACUAUCGGCUCUACUACUCGCAGGCGCUCUACCAAGCCUGCCGCUACGAGGAGGCCAUGAAGGAGACAAGUCAAAUUGACAACCCAGACUACGCCAGCAAGGUGACGAAGCUGCAGGCGGCGAUCAAGUACGGCCAGGAGGACCUGGCCGGCGCCAAGAGCAUGGUGGAGCAGUGCCCCUCGGACGACCCGGAUACGGCCAUCAACCAGGCCUGCCUGCUCUUCAAGGAUGAGCGGUAUGACGAGGCGGCCACCAAGUUCACGCACGCGCAGCAAGUGGUGGGCUACAUGCCGCAUCUCUCCUACAACAUCGCCCUCUGCCACUACAAGCUCAAACAUUACGCGCCAGCUCUGAAGGCCAUUGCCGACAUCAUCCAGCAGGGCAUCCAGCAGUACCCGGAGCUUAGCGUCGGCAUGACCACCGAAGGCCUCGAGGUGCGCAGCGUCGGCAAUACACUCACUCUGCAUGAGACGGCCCUGGUCGAGGCCUUCAAUCUCAAGGCGGCCGUCGAGUACCAGCUGAAGAACUAUGACGCGGCGCGGGAGGCGCUGACGGACAUGCCGCCGCGGCUGGAGGAGGAGUUGGACGCUGUCACGCUCCACAACCAGGCCGUGAUGAACAUGGAGGCCAAGGCGUCCGACGGCUUCCAGAAGCUGCAGUACCUGCUGAUGCAGAACCCGUUCCCUCCGGAGACUUUCGGCAACCUGCUGCUGCUCUACUGCAAGUACGAGUACUACGACCUGGCUGCCGACGUGCUGGCGGAGAAUGCUGACCUCACCUAUCGCUACCUGACGCCCUACCUGUACGACUUCCUGGACGCAAUCAUCACCGAGCAGACGUCAAUCGAGGACGCGUACCGCAAGUUCGACGAGAUCAGCACCAAGCACACGGAGCAGCUACGCAAGCUCACCAAACAGGUGCAGGAUGCGCGCUCCAAGCAGGACGAGACGGCCAUCAAGCGCGCGCUCAACGAGUACGAGGAGGCUCUGGAGAGGUACAUUCCGGUCCUGAUGGCGCAAGCCAAGAUCUACUGGGACCUGGAGAACUAUCCGCAGGUGGAGAAGAUCUUCCGCAAGUCCGUGGAGUUUUGCUCCGACUCCGACGUCUGGAAAUUGAACGUGGCGCACGUGCUAUUCAUGCAGGAGAACAAGUUCAAGGAGGCCACCGGUUUCUACGAGCCGAUCGUCAAAAAACACUAUGAUAAUAUUCUGGACGUGUCGGCGAUCGUGCUGGCCAAUCUCUGCGUCUCCUACAUCAUGACGUCGCAAAACGAAGAAGCGGAGGAGCUGAUGCGCAAGAUCGAGAAGGAGGAGGAGUCUAUCGCCUUCGAGGACCCAGAGAAGAAAAUCUUCCACUUGUGCAUCGUCAACCUGGUCAUUGGGACCCUGUACUGCGGCAAGGGCAACUACGAGUUUGGCAUAUCGCGGGUCAUCAAGUCGCUGGAGCCGUACCAGAAGAAGCUGGGCACUGACACGUGGUACUACGCCAAACGGUGCUUCCUCAGCCUGUUUGAGAUGCUCGCCAAGAACAUGAUCACCGUCAACGACAAGUCGCUGGACGAGUGCAUCCAGUUCCUCGAGAACUGCGAAGCGUUCGGCAAGAACAUCAAGACGACAAUCGAGGCGCCGCUGGCCGAGACCAACCUGCACCCGGGCAAGAACACGGUCACCUACGAGGCCCGCCUCCUGCGCGCUCUCUACAUGGAGUACAUGAUGAGCUAGGCGGCCCCUCGGCCGACCCCCGCACGCGUCACCCGGCGCUCGAGUCGCGCGGCGGGCAGCUCGCACGCCAUGUGAUCGUGGCGACUCUCGCGUAUUGCUUCGUGGCGACGCGGCGGCCGCUGGCCCGCCCGCGUUUGCCGUUGUUCUGCCGCGCACUGUUCCGUCCCGUCCACGCGUGCUCCGGCGGCCCCUGCACGUGCCAUGCCUGACCCAGCCGGCGUACCGUCGGCGCCGCAGCCGAUGUUACAACGCGCUGCAGUGUGGCUAACAUGUUUAUUCCCGUGAAUGAUGAGAUAUAUACGAUGGCACAUUGUCCCGAUCCGUAUGGCCUGGAUCGGAACAAUCAACAAGACGCAAGCCUGCUAACAAAGUGGGAUGACAGUGUCGAUCGCUUCAUCAUGGGUCGCCGCGGAAGCGCGCCAAGCCGCGCGACAGCACAUCCCAGUGAUGUAGUUCCGUCCGUAAUUCAUCCGUUGAAUU